GUCCGUAUGUGCUGUAGGUAGCCGGUGAAGUGAGUAGCGCUAUAAAACCAUUUAGAAAAAGCCAUGGAAGACAAGGCUCAGAUACAAGAAGCGAUUAAAAGUCAAGGGGAAGUCGUCCGGAAGUUAAAAUCAGAGAAGGCGAGCAAAGAGCAGUGAUAGGGUUGCUUACCACUUUUCUCCUGUUCUUCCUGCCUGACCUGUGGUGACCUUGGCCUGUCACACGAUUCAUCAUCUCCACCAUCUACUUCACCGUCUGGUUAAUCCAACCCUCCUGACUGGCUGCUGCGGUUGGCUCUGUACAACACCACUGGAUUAUGCUGCACUCUUGAUGCACUCUGAUCUUUUUUUGGUCCUACUUUACUUUAUUUUUUUUUAAAAUCCAUACCAUUUUCCUGCACUGUGGAAUAACCAUGCUGGGCAUGAUCUGGGUUCGUGCCUGCUCCGCUCUGGUGGGCUUUCGGGCUCCCACAUGUGUCCGAUCUCUUCACUCUUUCCCUGGGAUCACUGUGGCUCAGAUUGAUGAAGAGGUAGCUAAACUGCUGGAACUAAAGGCUCAGUUAGGAGAUGAUGGCAAAACCCAAUUUGUCCUUAAAACACCAAAGGGAACGAGAGACUACAACCCCAAACAGAUGGCCAUCAGAGAAAAAGUCUUCAACACCAUCAUCCGCUGCUUUAAACGACAUGGAGCCGAGACCAUCGACACACCUGUUUUUGAACUAAAGGAAACAUUGACGGGGAAAUAUGGAGAAGAUUCCAAGCUCAUCUACGAUCUCAAAGACCAAGGAGGAGAGCUGCUGUCCCUCAGAUAUGACCUCACUGUACCAUUUGCCCGCUACCUGGCCAUGAACAAGAUAACCAACAUCAAGCGUUAUCACAUUGCUAAGGUCUAUCGUCGUGACAACCCAGCCAUGACCCGGGGACGUUACAGAGAGUUUUAUCAGUGUGAUUUUGACAUAGCAGGGCAAUACGACGCCAUGAUCCCAGAUGCUGAGUGUCUAAAGAUUGUACAUGAGAUCCUCAACGAGCUGGACCUCGGAGACUUUCGUAUUAAGGUGAACGACCGACGCAUCCUUGAUGGAAUGUUUGCGGUGUGUGGCGUUCCAGAUGACAAGUUCCGAACCAUCUGUUCAACGGUGGAUAAACUGGACAAGAUGUCCUGGGAGGACGUGAAGAAAGAGAUGGUGAAUGAGAAGGGCCUGUCAGAGGAGGCUGCCGACCAGAUUGGGGAGUACGUCAGCAUGCAGGGUGGAAUGGACCUGGCUGAGCGCCUCCUUCAGGACCAUAAAAUGUCUCAGAGUAAGCAGGCCUGCGCUGGCCUCUCAGACAUCAAACUGCUCUUCAAGUACCUACAGCUCUUCCAUGUCACAGACAAGGUGGUGUUUGACCUUAGUCUGGCCCGGGGUCUGGACUAUUACACUGGAGUGAUCUAUGAAGCAGUGCUGACUCAGGCAAGCGCAGUCUCAGCCGCUAAUGAAGCUCAAAACGGCGCCAAUGCAGAAGAGAGUGUGAGCGUGGGCAGCGUGGCGGGAGGGGGCCGAUACGAUGGCCUGGUGGGCAUGUUCGACCCCAAGGGGAGGAGAGUCCCCUGUGUGGGUGUCAGCAUAGGUAUCGAAAGGAUCUUCUCCAUCAUGGAGCAGAAGGCUGAGGCCUCACCGGAGAAGGUGCGCACCACAGAAGUUCAGAUCAUGGUGGCAUCUGCUCAGAAGAACCUGCUGGAGGAGAGACUGCAACUCAUCUCUGAGCUCUGGAAUGCUGGCAUCAAGGCUGAGGUGAUGUACAAAAAGAACCCCAAACUGCUGAGUCAGCUGCAGUACUGUGAGGAAGCAGGAAUCCCCCUCGUGGCUAUACUGGGAGAACAGGAGCUGAAGGAUGGAGUGGUGAAGCUGCGUGUAGUGGCAACCAGAGAGGAGGUCGAUAUAUCCAGAGCAGAUCUUAUCAGUGAGAUCAAGAGGAGAACUGAGGCUUAGCCGCUUCCUGCUUGUUUAGCCAUAAACCAGCCGCGUUAUCUCAUGGGCUCUUCAGAACCGUGUACAGAAUUCCUUCCCUGGUCCACUACAGAACAAGUUGAACAAGAGCCCUGCAAAGACACAGCAGCCACGUGGACUGGUGUUACACAGCAUGUGGUGCUCAUGAGCACACAUGCUGGGAACAUGUUUAAAUGAAUGAUGUUGCUUGUAAUGUGCUUUCGGGUGUGUAAAAGAUGCCUCACUCGUUGUCAUUGUUCACAUUGUUCAGUAGGGUCUCUGGUGAAGAGAUGGUAGAUGUAAAUCACACCAAAACAGUCAGUGCACUAUUUUAAAAAUACAUAGGAGGAUAGCUGUAGUGUUUAAGACCAAGACUGAGAAAAUGUUACACAUUUGUUUUCUACAUGAAUCACGUCAUGAUUUACUGCAGUUAAAGUUCUAAGAAUGCUCCUGUCUGUAUAAAAUAUCCUGUACUGCCCAGUGUCUCAAAUAAAAAGCUUACAUUUUGCUCAAACCUGGGAAAAGCUUCUGGUUUCCACAUCUGUGAGAAUGUGAAGGUCCUCUUGGAUGAAGACGAUGCUCCCACCACCAAACUCCAAGCUGCCAACUUUACAUGUGUCUUUUAAAGGGCUUAAAAAAGUCCAAUAGAAUUACUCAGCUGAUAAUGUGCUGGGGUUGUCCUUAAGCAGCAUCAUUAGAAGGCACAGCAUUUCAUUGCUAUGCAGCUGCAUUGACACCUGACGCUGUGCGAUGGGCACACUGAUGGUUUUGAACCUCGUGGUCGGCUCAAUACUUGGGAUGCGUUUCCUCUGGGCACUCGUGUGCUAAUCCUGCAGCAGUGCAUCUCAAAAUAUGAAAAUAUUGUGACGCUCUAUUAUGUAUUUCAGAAAGAUAAACUUGAUCACCACAACCUCAAGAGGCUCAUCGUGAAAGUAGAUCUCAGCUGUCUUACCUAAUUAUGGAUGUUUAGUGGGCUUUAGUGAAGGUGACAAAUGAUCGUAUGGCCUUUGACAGUGGGCUCAUCUCUGCUUGUCCUCCCAGACCUCAGUGCAAUAUUUAACACUGUUGAGCAUGCUGUAGGUGCAAACAGAUUUACUCCAAUUUGGUCAUGUAAAUGGAGUGGUCUUCAGUUCUGUGCUAGUACCAAUUCUGUCCAUUACGCAUGCUUUCCUUAGGCAGUAUCACUGGAAGGCACAGCAUAUUCAUUGCUAUGAGGCUACCCAGCUUUAGCUAUUAAAGGGAGAUGACACACACCAUAUUAGUUAGGCUGCAGGGAUGUCUUAAAGAUGUGGAUGACAUUGAAUUUCCUGCUUCUAAAUUCAGAUAACACUGAGGUUAUUGUACUUAGCUUUAAAAAUCUUAGAAACAUGGUAUCCAACCACAUACUUAAUGUGGAUGGCAUUACUUCGGCUUCCAGUAACACUGUGAGGAACCUUUUUAGUCAUUUUUGAGCUUCUUGAAUGUGCAUGUUAAACAGUUAUGUAGGACUGCUUUCUUGGAUUUGUGUAAUAUCUCUAAUUAAAACUGAAAAACUUCCUGUCUCAGAAUGAUGCUGAAAAACUGAUUUUUGCAUUUAAUACUUCUGGGCUGGACUAUUAUAAUGAUCUAACAUUGGACUGAAAAACUCCCUGAUAGUCAGUUGAUACAAAAAUGUGAGAGUACUGACAGGGACUAGAACGAGAGCAGAUUUCUCCCAUAUUCUGUUAAAUCCAGAAUCAAAUGUAAAAAUCCUUCUCAUACAGAACUGUUGAUGUAACUGAGAUAUAAAUAAAAUUGACUUGAAGUGC